AUGGCAGAAGCUGACAUUGAGAAACUUAAGACUGAAAGGGCCAGUGCCAAAUCCUCACUAACUCGCAUUAAAAAUAUAGUGGAAAACAAAAAAGAAUCGCUCAGCUUACCUGAGUUAGAAUGUAGGCUUGGGAUUCUAGAAUCUUAUUUUAAGCAACUACUUUCGUGUCAGACUAGCUACGAAACUUUAAUGCCAAAUGAUAAUACCAACAUAACCUAUCGUUCGGAAUGUGAGGAGGUGUACAUAUCUACCAAAUCUUUACUCACUUCAUUAAUUUCUAAUAAAAAACAAGACUUGGGUUCUCAAUCUACUGAACUUAAUCAAUCUUUUAUACUAAAAUCAACUCAAGCAACCAAUCUUCACAAAAUUAAACUGCCUAGAUUCGAUGGAAAGUAUUCUGAAUACCCUAACUUCAUCGGUAUUUUUAAUAAGAGCAUACACAACAACACAAACUAUGAAAUUAUCGAGAAGUGUAACAUUUUAGUGAGCUCAUUGGAUGGGAUUGCCAAAAAUGCUGUUCGUGAAUUUCGAAUUUCGGAUGAAAAUUAUCCAAAAAUUCUCAAACAUUUAAAUGAUAGAUUUAACAACAAAACGUUAAUGUUUCAAGAACUAAUUGGAGAAUUAUUUCAGUUGCCUAAAAUAACGAGGGCCACUGCAACAAAUCUUAGAAAUAUGGUUGACAGUGUUAACGCUAUUUUAAGCUCGAUGCUAUCUAUUGGUUCUGGUGAGAACAUUGCGAAUUCAAUGAUUAUUUAUGUCGUAAUGAGUAAAUUAGAUGCUGAGUCACAAAAUAAAUGGGAAGAAACCGUUGAUUUUUCAAAUUUAUUGAGUUGGCAGGAUUGCUCUAAGGUUCUUAGUAAAAGAUGCCAGUUCCUUGAGUGCAAAGAGGUCAAACAAUCUUCUUCGCUGUUCGCUAAAUUUCGAAACAAAUCGCUUUCUCACAACUCAACAGCACUUUCGGUAUCACAAUCGGGAGCUCGAAAUUUGUCGUCGUGUCUUAUUUGCAAUGAUAAUAGUCACACCAUUUACAAAUGCAAAACAUUUUCUGAAUUACCCGUAAUAACUCGCUUUGAAAAGGUAAAAAACUUAGCGCUUUGUAUAAACUGCUUGAAUAAAGGGCAUUCGGUAAAAAGAUGCAAUUCUUCUAAGUGUAGAAUUUGCUCCGCCCCACAUCACACAUUACUUCAUCGUUUUGGUCCAAAUAACACAUCAUCAACAGCUAAUGGAUCUGUACAACAGUCUUCAACUUCAUCUUUUGUAACUUUAAAUCCAUCAUCUCCGUCAAAUGCACUAGUAUCUUCAGUAAAUAAUUUACCCAUUAGUCCAGUUAAAAACGUUAGUGUAAUUUUAGCAACGGCUGUAGUACAUAUUAAAAAUAACCACGGGUUGUUUCAACCAGUCCGAGCUUUAUUGGAUUCUGGCUCACAGCUAAAUUUCGUCACCGACCGAUUGGCUAACCAUCUUGGACUAAAGAAACAACGUAUAAAUACUGGCAUUAGUGGAAUUGCCAACACUAAUGUAAAAAUUAAAUUUUCGACACAAUCUAUUAUAAAAUCUCGAAUAAAUGAUUUCACUGCCCCUUUAGACAUGUUUAUCUUACCAUCCAUAGCUGGAAUUAUGCCUGAUUCUCCUAUAGUCAUCAAGGAUUGGAAUAUUCCUAGAAAUAUUGAAUUGGCUGAUCCACAAUUUUUUAUUCAACAAAAUGUUGAUAUUUUGAUUGGCGCUGAAGUAUUUUUUAAUAUUAUGUCCGUCGGACAAAUUAAAUUGGGCUCUGAUAUGCCUUUAUUGCAAAAAACACUCUUUGGUUGGAUAGUUUCGGGUAAAUAUGCUUCCAAUUCCAAAUCAAUCAAUUGCAAUUCACUGGUCGCUACCUUGGAAAAUAAUGAAGUUAACACAGAUGCUAAUUUACACGAGUAA